CAAUACUGUUAUCUUGUUAAGUGCCUAGAUUUUAUCAAAGUUAGGAUUUUGAACAUGUUACAGAAGUUGGAGGCAGAUUCACCAAUAGGUAAGGCAUUAAUAUUUAUAGUACUGUUUACUAUGAUUGUUAGGUGUAAGUUUCACAAUACAAUUGGAUAAAUGUUUGAGUUCUGAUGAUAUUCUUUUAUUUACUUGUGAGGUGAUGUGAACUGCACCCUCCCCUCCCAACAAAAAAGGCUAAUUAGGAUGGAGAUUGAGCAAACUUCGUGCUGAAAAAGCUGCUUUUGAUGAGGCAGAAAAUAAGAGAGAGGAGGAGGAAGCAAAGGAUGACCCAGUUGAUUCUGAUGCUGAGGAAGGCGAUGAUGAUGAUGCUGCUGAUGAAGCAGAUAGUGAUGAUGAAGACCCCAAAUCAGAAACAAAGGAAGAUGUUACUGCCGCAGCUGAGGAAAAUGUUAAAGACGAGCUGUAGGAAAAUACGUACGAGUGCAGUUGUUGGCCAAACAUGGUGCUGCGAAGAAGAGCUUUACUGGCAACUGAGCUUUGGACAUUUUCAUUUCCUUUUAGCUUUUAACUGUAGAAUUGCUGUUUAG